GCAACGCACACGCCAGGAACAGCCCGUUGCAGAAGGUGUGACGUCAUAUACCCGCGCUUUGUUUAGAACAUCAGGCACUUGGCGGGAAUCGGGCUCCUCGGGAAGAGACAUACAGCAAGUGUUUUGAGAGAAUCACAAUGCAGUUUUUAGGCAGAAAAAAGAAGCUGAUUGGAAGCUCACAGAAUGAUCUCUACGAUCACUGUCUUCAGUUCUAUGGACAGCCUCCCCUGGAGAACAUCUCUCUCAUUGAGUUUGAAACCUUUGCAGUCGAAAGGUUGAAAUUGCUCAAAGCUGUGGAAAACCUUGGAGUGAGCUAUGUGAAAAAUUCUGAGCAAUACACCAGGAAAUUGGAUGCUGAAUUUUCCAGUCUGAACUUCCCUCUCAGAACAGAAUUGGAUGACCGAAAGGUUCAAGGAGGGUCAUCUGAAUAUGAGAAACGAAGGAAAGAUCAUAUCUCCCAUUUUAUUCUUCGCUUGGCAUACUGCCAGACAGAGGACCUCAGGCGAUGGUUUAUACAACAGGAAAUGGAUCUUUUCCGUUACCGGUUUGGCUGCCUUUCUUCAAAGCACAAGACUGACUUUUUACAUAAAAAUAAUUUGAAGUAUGAGACGGUAAGUGCAGAGGAAAAGAAAAGCCUCCGAGACAAGCUCAUCAACUCAAGUUAUGGUUUGAGUGGAAUCACAGUGGAAGAAUAUGAUUUCUACAAAGUCCCAUUUCAGGAUGCCCUUGAUUUAGUGCGGUCCAGGAAAGUGUACUUGAUGGCGGGCAAUGCCUAUAUUCCCCACCAGGAGAUUGUCACGAUUGUCCUAAAUGACUACCGCACGAGACUGUCCAAAGCACUUGCAAUGACAGCACGAUCCCUGCCAGCAGUACAGUCUGAUGAACGACUCCAGCCAAUUUUGAACCACCUAAGCCAUGCCUAUGUCGGUCAGGACUACAGCAUUCAGAAGAAUAUUGGGAAAAUUUCACUGGAGCAGAUCGAUCCACUCUCAGGCAAGUCUUUUCCUCUGUGUAUGAGGCACCUCCACAAGGCACUAAGAGAGAACCAUCACCUGCGCCACGGUGGACGCAUGCAGUAUGGCCUCUUCCUCAAGGGCAUUGGUCUUACUCUGGAACAGGCCUUGCAGUUCUGGAGGUCAGAGUUUGUCAAAGGGAAAGUCGAUGCAGACAAGUUUGACAAAGCAUAUGCCUACAGCAUCCGCCACAUGUUUGGGAAGGAAGGCAAGCGCACUGACUACACCCCCUACAGUUGCAUGAAGGUGAUUUUGUCAAAUCCACCCAGUCAAGGCGACUACCAUGGAUGUCCAUUCCGCCACAAUGACCCUGAGCUGCUGAAACAGAAGUUGCAGUCCUAUAAAAUCUCCCCCAUUGGGAUCAAUCAGAUUCUGGAGCUAGUCAAGGGAAUGCACUAUCAGCUGGCCUGCCAGAAGUACUUUGAGCUGACACACAGUAUUGAGGAUGCUGGAUUUUCUCUUAAUCACCCCAACCAGUACUUCAUGGAGAGUCAAAAGCUUCUUGGUGGAGGCAGGGACAUCAAGAAAGAGGUUGAGAUGUCCCAAAGAGGGCAAGACAAUGUGUCAAAUAAUGCAUCUAACAUGCCCCAACCACCUCAACCAAACUCCAAACCAACCCAUGAUGAGAUGGGGGAUUUAGACUCUUUCUUCCAGGAUGAGUGAUUUUGUACAGCCUAACUAAGGAACAUAUAGAGCUCUUACAUGCAUUCAGUGUAUUUUCAAUAUAUUAGAUUAAAUUUUCUGAAAUGUUCAUCUUUUUGGUGAUGGAAAAAUUUCCUGGUUUUAUUAAAAAUAAUGCUAAUAAAUAAAUUUUAAUUUUUCAUAGACAAAACCUUUCCGGGGGUUUUUUUUUUCC